AGUCCGUCUCGCUCUCGCUCUCUCGCGCUCGCUAGAGACUCCGGCUCUGAGGGAUUUGUGAUCCACACCAAUGAAAUAACAGCAGUUAAACACUGCCUGUGGUGAAAACAGCAGGACGAACGUGGAUAUGUGAAACAGCUGACACUUGCGAGCUAGAACGACGUCCAGUUCGGUUUCCUACGGUGAUCCCUGUGUCGCCACUGUGCAGUCGACCGCAUCGUGAGGUCCCUCUCCACACACACGAUGGAGAUCGCACCGCAGGCCCUGCAGAAAUGAGAUGAAGUAAAAGGAGUGAAAACAUAGAGAAAGAAAAGAGAAGAGCGAAAAAAAACAAGAAAAGAAGCAAGAAAAGAAAAGAGAAAAUGCUCGCGAAACGUCAACAGCGACUUUGUUGAACCUACAGUGUGAAGAAAAGAUUAAAAAGAUCAAAGAGGCCAAGCCAGACAUUCUCCAUGUUUAGCGUGGAUGUGGUGACUGUCCCGGAUGUUGGACCAUGCUCCUGAUUUCACCUCUGGCGUCUGAGGAGAUCUUUCAUCUCUCGUCCCUGUGGGCGGAACAGGCGGACCAAGAUCCCCCUUCCCUUCCCAAUCCCGUCUCCCACCUCCUGCCCCCACCCACCCGCUGAGAGCCUCUCGGACACCACCGAGCUGCUCUCCACCGCUGGUGCCGUUAUCAGUGACUCCAGCUCCGCUCGGCUCACCACUGCCCCCUAGUGGUGCCUCCAGAGGACUCUGCUCCACAAGUGUCUGUUUCUGAGGCCCCCCUUGGUGCUGGUUUGGGGGCGGCGAAAGGGGGGGGGCUCAGACUGGCUCAAGCACUCCCCCCUGCUCCGAUGAUGGGGACCCCCCACGGCGUGGGGCCCCUGUUGGGGGGCUUCGGCUCCACCACAGCCUCGCUGGACGUCGUCGGAUGGAUCGCGGCGUGGCCCGGUAACGCCUCGACCGUCACGCUCCUCAACCAGACCGGCGCCGUCUGGGCCGAGCACGGCGCCAACAUGUCGCAGUACCCGGCCGCCGGACCCGACGACGACGGGGCGGUCGAUGCCCGCGGCGAGCGGGUGGCGAUGAAGGCGAAGAACUGGCCGGCGCUUCUCAUCCUCAUCAUCAUCUUCCUCACCAUCGGGGGCAACAUCCUGGUGAUCAUGGCCGUGUCCAUGGAGAAGAAGCUGCAGAACGCCACCAACUUCUUCCUGCGCUCGCUGGCCGUGGCAGACAUGCUGGUGGGCAUCCUGGUCAUGCCCAUCUCGCUCAUCAACAUCCUCUACGACUACGUGUGGCCUCUGCGUAACGAGCUGUGCCCCAUCUGGAUCUACCUGGACGUGCUCUUCUCCACGGCGUCCAUCAUGCACCUGUGCGCCAUCUCGCUGGACCGCUACGUGGCCAUCCGCAACCCCAUCGAGCACAGCCGCUUCAACUCCCGCACCAAGGCCAUGAUCAAGAUCGCCGUGGUCUGGACCAUCUCUAUAGGCAUCUCGAUGCCCAUCCCGGUGAUCGGCCUGCACAACCAGGACAAGGUGUUUGUCAACGGCAGCUGCGUGAUGAACGAGGAGCGCUUCAUGCUGGUGGGCUCCUUCGUGGCCUUCUUCAUCCCGCUGGUCAUCAUGGUGGUCAGCUACUGCCUGACCAUCCAGGUGCUGCAGCGGCAGGCCACCGUCUUCCUCUACGAGGGCAAGGCCACCUCCUCCUCCUCCUCCCAGCAGCCCCUGAACCCGCCCACAUCGCCGCCGUCGUCGUCGUCGGGCCCGCCCCCGGGCUCGGCCACGUCGCUCCCGUCGGUGGCCACCUCGGCGACGUCCGGCGGCAGCGGCGCGGCCCCGUCGAGGCGCAGUAGCCUCAACUGCCUGCGGGGGGCGGUGUCGUCGGGGCUGUCGUCGCGCCCGAGCUCCACCACGCCGUGCUCGGACACCAUCUCCAUCAUCCCCAGCUCCGAGGCGCCGUCGCAGCUCAACUCGCCGGCCGCCGGACGAGACUCGGGCGGCGGCGGCGGCGGCAGCCACGGCAGCAGCAGCUGCGGCGGUCGGCGGGGCAUGAUGCAGGCCAUCAAGAACGAGCGUCGCGCCUCCAAGGUCCUGGGCGUGGUCUUCUUCCUCUUCCUGGUCAUGUGGUGCCCGUUCUUCGUCACCAACGUGCUCUUCGUGCUGUGCCACCAGUCGUGCAGCGCGCCGCUGCUGGAGGAGCUGCUCAAGGUGUUCGUGUGGGUGGGCUACAUCUCGUCCGGCGUCAACCCGCUCGUCUACACGCUCUUCAACAAGACCUACCGCCGCGCCUUCUCCCGCUACCUGCGCUGCCGCUACCGGCCCACGGCUGGUGGGGGGGCGGGGGCGGGCGUGGGGGGGGGGGUCAACGGCGGGGGGGCGCUGCUCAAGCCCGUGCCGCUGCACGUGGUGCCGUGCCCGCCCUCCUCGCACGCCGUCACGCCCGUGCUGCCCGCCAAGGGGCACGGGGCCGGCGGAGAGGGUGGCAUGGUGGAGGUGGGCGGGGGGGUGGGGGUGGGGGUGGGCGGCACCGUGCUGGACCGUAACAGCAACUGUAAAAACGGCGACGGGAGCGCGCUCCGGAACCUCCAGCUGGACCGCACGGACGACGACGACGAGGUGGAGGCGGGGCUCAAGGUCGGGCCGAUCUCCCAGCUGUCCGUCAACAGCUGCCACGCCCCCAGACAGGACACCAGCAGCGUCUGAUUGGUUGAUUCGGUUGGGGGCUUUUUUUUUUUUUAUUUUUAUUUUUUUUUGCAGUGCGAUGCAGGAACAGCAUUAUGGGAUUCCAUGCCAAGCAUGAAGCAGAUUCCCAGAAUUCCACACACAGGCUUCCGGACAUGCGUGUACAUGCUGGAUGACAGCCAGCGGACGCUCGCUCCUGUUCCUGAGUGGAACCGAUCUGUAAACGGAACACACAUUGAAACGACACGGACACAGACAGACAGACAGACAGACAGACAGGUGUGCUCAGUUCAUACAUCAGGGAUGAACCAGAUGUGCUGAAUUCACUAACUCUCAUACCUCCUUUGUGAAUAUUCUUGAUAACAAAUCAGCAUAUUUAUGUUGAGGCUUUUAGCGAGACAAUUUGGCACUUGUUUCAGUGUCCACAAGUUCAUAUUUUACAUGCAAACAUGUAUGUGUGAAUUGAAGUGAUGAUGCAUGGACUCGAAAACGUUUUUUUAAUUGAUUUUUUCCUUUCAAUAAAGAGAAGAAGGCAACAAAGGCAGCGAAUUCGAAUGGAGUCAAACGGCCAUCUGGUGGCUGUUUUUGGAAGUGAGCUUAAAAAAUAGCCUACUAAGUGACCAGCUGUUGAUCAAAUGAUUAAUGAACGCCUAAUGCAACUGAAUCCAACAACACGCACAUUUUCAACAUAAAGACACAUUUUUAUUUUCAAACAAUUCCCCGUUCCGGGACAUAAGUACUGACCAAUGUUUUAGUAUUUUCUAUGAACUAAACUAAACGUCCAUUAUGAUGUUGAAAUGAAAAGGGUAAUACACAUAUAAACUUGAUUAGACAUACAUUUAUUCAAGUGAACCAUCCCAGGCUGACGUUCAGAGUAUCAUCCAUUGAACGCUAUACCAUCAGACCAUAAGCCUACUUCGCAGCACGUUGUGAACACAUUCAGAUUACAUACAUUUACACAUAAUAGUCUGUGCCACUAUAUGUAAUGUGUGCCAACGUUAAAAUGAAUUCAGAUGAAAGGGAGCUUCAUGUUGACUCUUAUCCUGUGUUCCCUGUCCACGGGCUUGACUGGCAUUGGCAUCAAAAGCACCCGGCAGAGACGCAUAACGGAAUGUAAUUCAAACUUUGAUUCCUCCUAGCAUUCGGCGGCAGAUGAAAGUGUAGCACGGCUAAUCCUAUGGAAUGUGGUGUAAUCUUGACGUCAAAAAACCUCCCUGGGCUUUGAUCGCAGCGGGUGUUGGACACGGCCGAAGUCGAGUGCAAACUUAAGGCGUGGCGGGAAUUUCAAAGCUCUUUGAAUCAAAUUUUAGCCAUUGAAUUAUACAUCAGAAAUGAACACAGACCAGACGAAUUGCACGUUAUGAAUGUAGUAGAGCUCUAUUUUUUCUUUUCUUUCCUUUUCUGCUUUGGUCCGUGGAGUAGACAACCCUUGUAAGGGAGACGUGUGUUGGCCAUAGAAAACCAAAAGACAGAUGUUGAACAAAUUUAUAUUGUUAUUUUUCAGACAAACUCAUUGCAGUAUACCAUGCAGUCAAUGUUAUAAUAAAUAUCUGUGUGUAGAGUUAGCAACGUGUCUGUAUAUCUUGUCUAAAAUGCCAUUUUUAUACCAUUACCUGUGCGUGUUUGUCUGACACACCUACUUUGUUUAGGCUACUCGAGUAUCUCAUUGUUGUGAUGCUGCUAUUUAUUUAUUAAAACGUCCUUAUGUGUGCAUCAUUACAAUUGGGGCAAACGUCA